CCCAUAGCCCCCUUGGGGGACUUUUUGCCCUUCUCGGCUAUCACCUAAUUGGAGGGGGGGGAUCUGAGAGGAGGGCGGGGGGCAGCUGGCCCUUGAGCUCAGCCCCAUCCGGGGGCUCAGAAAGUCUAGGUGCUGGGGGCGGCCAGGGCAGGGACUGAGGCAGCGGAGAAGCCGACGGCUUCUCGCGCCUCCCCACGCCCCGGCCUCCUCCCCCCACCUUUCACACGCUUGGGACUAGAGCCCCGAGCCUGCGCAGUGCGAGCCCAGCGAGCGCCAGUUGCGGCUCCAGGGACUGAAGAUGGCGGACGCCGGAGGUAUCGCCAACAGUGGGACAUCCCUCAAGGGGAUGAGAGAACAGUUAGUUGAAAUAAAAAAUAAAAAAAAAACAACUCAGCCGACUAAACCAACAAUAAAACUACUGAGGGAGAGUGCUGCUGCAGCCCAAGCAAUUGCAGAAGAAAGAAGAAAUCAAAGUGGCACUGCUAUCAUUUUAGCUCCCUCCUCAAAUUUAAAGACAUCAACUAAGCCAGUGAUAGAUGGCUCUAUUCUGAAAUCCGAUGAAAGACAAAGACUGGCAAGAGAGCGCAGAGAAGAGCUGGGAAAACAACAAGCUUUUAAAGAAAUACAGUUACUUGAGAAAGAAAAGAAGGCAAAACGCCAAUAUGAAAAACAGAUUGAAGAAAGACAGAGAAAGAUAAAAGAACAGAAAGAGAAAGAACAGCAACGACGAGCAGCUGUCGAAGAGAAAAGGAGACAAAAAUUAGACGAAGAAAAGGAACAUUUUGAGGCAAUGGUUAACCGUACUUUGGAACGUAGCAACCGCCUGGAACAGCGACAGAAGAGAUGGUCAUGGGGAGGCUCUGUAACACCAGAUUCAGACAGCAAAUCUGGUUUGUCAAGUGCUACCCCACCCAAUCCUGUAGAUUUAGUUGACAAACUACCUUCUUCCACAGAGCCACAGACUGAACAAGGUGGAUCCAGUGGCAACAAGCAUACUUCCUCUACAUUGAAUCUCAGGCCAACAGAUUCCGUUAUCAGUAAACGUUUGUCUUCAUCUUCUGCAACUCUUCCAAAUUCUGACAAGACUCGGCGCUUUCAGAUCAGUGCUCUGGAGAAUAGUAUAAUCACUCGCCUUCUCACCCCUACACAAGCCUCUUUAGCUAGAUGCAAAAAUGCUGCUGUAUUAUCUGCUGCUGGAAGAGAUCCCUCAGAAUUUCACUCCUGUCCUCGUUCAGCUGUCACCGGGACUUUCAGUCAACCGCUGCAGGCCUCCAGAAUAUCCGUGAGAAGCCGCAGCAUUGACAGACUGAAGAGUUCCACUGUUUUGAAAUCAGAAGUGGACAAACAUGGACCAACUCAUGCUGCAAAGAGAUCUUCAUCACCAUCUCUGUCAACUUAUAAGAGACCACCUUCUCCUGCUAAUGUUAAGCAUCCUCCAUCUCCCUCUGCACCAAACAAAGUAAGUCAGAGAAGUCGCCCACCUUCCCCUAGUACAUUAAAACAGUUGCCAUCAUCUCCCACCACUGGUGUAAAACCAGUUUUUAAGCCUAUUCAGCGUCCUUUGAUUACACCCACUGUCAUCAGUAUACCCAAAAAGAGCAAAACAUCUGAAAUAGAGAGCAAAUCAAAGGACAAAUGUGAAGCCAGAAAACAAGAACUCCAAACAUCACCAGCUUCAGAAAAAGCUGUAAAGACCAAAGAAGUAGAGCCCAGUAAUAAAACUGGACUAGAGACCAUAAGUGCCGAAGAAGCUGCUAAAAUUCUGAUGGCAAAACAAGAAUUUGUUCAGGACCAGAAGGAUCAAGAAGAAGGGGGAAAAGAUCUCAAAGAAGAAGAGGAAAGGAAAGUAAAAGAGGAUACUGAAAAGAAAGAAAUUGGAGCAGAAGAAGAAAGGGAUGCCGGGCACACUCAACUUGGGGAAACAAGCCCACCAGAAGAACAGAAACAGAAGACAGAAGAGGACCAGGAGAAGCUGGCUGCAGAACUCCAGCAACAGAAGGAGGAAGCUGAGGUGAAAGCCCAGGAGGAAGCUGCAAGACAGAGGCGGGAGCGUGAGCGGAUAAUGGAGCAGAGUGUGCAAGAACGCCUGGAGAGGAAGAAGAGAAUUGAAGAAAUUAUGAAGAGGACCAGAAAGGUUGAACAGAACUCAGAGCAGAGUGAAGAGAAGUCUAAGAAUGAGGCUAUUGACGAGGAUGAUGCUGUUGAAGCAGACAAAGAAAAUUUGGAAACAGUGGACCCCCUGGCCAAGGUCACCGAAACGGACUCACCUGAAGACGUCAAACCCUCAGAAGAACUUAGUGCUACGAUGCCUCCUCAGGUAGCUAAUGAGAUACAAACCGAAACUGCAGCCAGCGAUGAGACUGUCGAACUCAUCACCAAUGGCAAUGAGACGGCCCCAGAGCCAGAAAAUAGCGGACCUUAUUUGGAUAUGACUCUGGCAACAGAUACUAGCCUUUCUGCCAAAGAUGCGGUUACUCCAAACUCAGAAAUCGUAGAUGCUAUCAAAACCGAGCACACAUCAGACCUGAAUGGAAAAUCCGAUACGUGGACUUUCGAGGAGAUCAUUGAUCUUGAAGAACAUGCCAAAACCACCCAACCGAAUUCCAACAACACUCCUGAUAGCUGUACUCAAAACUCAGAUGAUGCUGCUACAUUUACUCCAAGUCCCAAGUUAGCUUUUGAGGAGGAUUCAGUAAUGAAUCCCUUGACCACAUCUGCAGGAAGCAAUUAAGGUAAUUUUAUACCAAUAAAAAGUCAGUUGCUUCUUUCAAACACAA